AUGAUGACCCCCAUGCGUUAUGUCGUGGUCGUGCUGGCCCUUAUUAUCAGUUUACACUACCUUGUUAGCUUCACAAGUGAUAGCUACGGUCGCGUAACUUCUCUCGAAAGUCUCAAGAAAGCGGUUGUUGGCUCGAAGCCAGAUCCGAAUGUACCCCCCUAUAAGGUCCCUGUAUCAGAUGAAUACUAUGUACAUAAGAACACAACCUCGCCUCUCGGAAGGAAAGCAAAUGCAGCUAUUGUAAUGUUGGCCCGUAACAGUGAUUUGAACGGUGUCAUCAUUAGCAUGAAGCAAAUGGAGGAUCGUUUUAAUAAAAAAUUUCAAUACCCAUACGUCUUUCUGAACGAACAGCCGUUUGAAGACAAAUUUGUACAGCGGGUCUCCGAACUCACAGAUGCUAAAGUUCAAUUUGGUCUAAUUCCAAACGAGCAUUGGGUUCAACCAGCAGAGAUCGAUGAGGAAAAAGCCACAGAAUCUCGUAAUAAGAUGAUCAAGGAUAAUGUCAUUUACGGCGGGAGUGUACCAUAUCGCAACAUGUGCCGUUUCAAUUCGGGUUUCUUCUAUCGUCACGAACUUCUUAAACCAUUCCAAUACUACUGGAGGGUUGAGCCUGACGUCAAAUUUUUUUGCGACAUCGACUACGAUCCCUUCUUAAUCAUGCAAGAUCAAAACAAGUUGUAUGGCUUUACUAUAUCUUUGUAUGAGUAUGAAGCUACUAUUCCUACACUAUGGAGCGCAGUGAAAGAAUUUAUUCAUGAAAACCCUGAACUCAUUUCCCCCGACAACGCCAUGUCCUUCCUUUCGGAUGAUGGAGGUGAAACAUACAAUCGUUGCCAUUUCUGGAGUAACUUCGAGAUUGCAAGCUUGGAUCUUUGGAGGAGUCCUGCUUAUUCUAAAUUCUUCGACUUUUUGGACAAGAAAGGCGGAUUUUAUUACGAGCGCUGGGGAGAUGCUCCAGUUCACAGUAUUGGCGCCGCUCUGUUUGCUAAGAAGGAACAAAUUGUUACCGACACGAGCCUUUCCAACACUGUCCUCAAGGAGAUGCACACAAAAGAGGGAAGUGUUGGUGUGAUAUCACCCAAAAUUUUGACUAUGAAGGUUACUCAUGUUUGA